GCUGUUGAUCUGUAGUGGGUGCGCGCCCAGGUUUUCCUGGGGCUCCGGUAUUCUGCUGCUGUCCGGUGAAGAGGAAGCCAUGGCGCUCCGAGUCACCCGAAACACGAAAAUUAACGCUGAGAAUAAUAAGGCCGCGGUCAGUAUGGCAGGCGCAAAGCGUGUGCCCUUGGCCACUGCUGCAGCCUCCAAGCCAGGUCUGAGGCCGAGAACAGCGCUCGGAGACAUCGGUAACAAAGUCAGUGAGCAGCUGCAAGCCAGAGUGCCCCUGAAAAAGGAAUCAAAAACUUUGGCGACUGGAAAAGUUACUGCUAAAAAACUACAGAAACCUCUGGAAAAAGUGCCUGUGUGUGUGCCAGCGCCUGAGCUUGUUCCUGUUAAGGAUGAAAAACUUUCUCCUGAACCCAUUUUGGUUGAUACUCCCUCUCCAAGCCCCAUGGAGACCUCUGGGUGUGCCCCUGCUGAAGAAGAUCUGUGUCAGGCUUUCUCUGAUGUCAUUCUGGCUGUGAGUGAUGUGGAUGCAGAAGAUGGAGCAGAUCCAAACCUCUGUAGUGAAUACGUGAAAGAUAUCUAUGCUUAUCUCAGACAGCUUGAGGAAGAGCAGGCAGUCAGACCAAAAUACCUACUGGGUCGAGAAAUCACUGGAAACAUGAGAGCCAUCCUAAUUGACUGGCUAGUACAGGUUCAGAUGAAAUUCAGGUUACUGCAGGAGACCAUGUACAUGACUGUGUCCAUUAUUGACCGGUUCAUGCAGAAUAAUUGUGUGCCUAAGAAGAUGCUGCAGCUGGUCGGAGUCACUGCCAUGUUCAUCGCAAGCAAAUACGAAGAAAUGUACCCUCCAGAAAUUGGGGACUUUGCCUAUGUGACUAACAACACUUACACUAAGCACCAAAUCAGGCAGAUGGAAAUGAAGAUCCUGAGAGUUUUAAACUUUGGGCUGGGUCGCCCGCUCCCCCUGCACUUUCUUCGUAGAGCAUCAAAGAUUGGAGAGGUCGAUGUUGAGCAACAUACACUGGCCAAAUACCUGAUGGAGCUGUCUAUGUUGGACUAUGAUAUGGUGCACUUUCCUCCUUCUCAGAUUGCAGCAGGAGCUUUUUGCUUAGCACAGAAAAUUCUUGAUAAUGGCGAAUGGACACCAACUCUGCAGCACUACCUGUUGUACACUGAAGAGUCUCUUUUUCCUGUAAUGCAGCACCUGGCUAAGAAUAUAGUAGUGGUCAAUCGUGGGCUUACAAAGCAUAUGACUAUCAAGAACAAAUACGCCACCUCAAAGCAUGCUAACAUCAGCACUCUAGCGCAGCUGAAUUGUGCCUUAGUUGAAGAUUUGGCCAAGGCUGUGGCAAAGGUGUAA